AUGCUCUACUCAACAACGGCUUGUCCCAUCGGGAAAUCGCUCGUCAAACGGGUCGCUCAAGACGAACAAUUGACCGUUAUGCAAGGAAUCCGCAAGAAUACGGCACAGCAAUACAUUCUGGACGGCACAGGCUGCUAUCGGUUCAAGCUGAACGAGACGUCUGUCGAAAAGCAUCAAACUCUACGAAGUCCGCCAACCAAAUCAGAUCCGAAAUUCCUGAAAACGUCUCGAAGAACACCAUCUUACGAACAAUUCAUCGGUCCGGUCGACUUGUGAAUACUCCAAUGAAGGCAGCACCUCGUCUACAGCAACGCCAUAAGAAUGAACGGCUACAAUUUGCACGCUCUAACAUGGCCACGGAUUGGAAUAAGGUAUCAAUGUUUUCCACCUUAUGAUUCCCAAUUUUUCUGUUCAGAUCAUCUUCAGCGACGAGAAGAAAUUCAACCUUGAUGGGCCAGAUGGGUACGCUCACUACUGGAGAGAUUUGAGGAAAGAUCCGAUGUACUUCUCCAAGAGAAACUUCGGCGGCGGCAGCCUCAUGGUCUGGGCGGCUUUCUGCGGCAACGGGACGGUAGCUCUUUCUUUUAUUGGGACCAGAACGAAUUCGCAAGACUACCAGCAACUGCUUGCCCAGCAUCUCCUGCCCUAUCUCCGUCGCCGACGACGUGCUAAUAUGAUUUACCAACAAGACAAUGCAUCUGUUCACGCGAGCAACUCCACAUUGGCUUGGUUUGCGGCCAAUAACGUGGUUCUUCUGGACUGGCCCGCGUGCAGUCCUGACCUCAACUCUGUAGAGAAUUUAUGGUCAGUCCUUGUACGAGGGUCAACGCGAAUGCCAAGCAGUAUACAACGGUCAACGAUCUGAAAAGAGCGAUUCGAGCCGAGUGGGAUGGUUUGGACAAGUCACUGCUGCAAUCACUCGUUGGCAGCAUGCCGAACAGGAUUUUCGAAGUCGCUCAGAAACAAGGAGGUAUCACACAUUAUUAA